GGGAGUCUAACUGGUGUUUUUUUACAGAUUUAUGUACCCGAUUUGUACACGUCUGUAUGUGUAUUUCUAAUUGUGUACAUGUGUAUGGUUAACAGUGAGGAGAAUAAAUCUGAAAUCAAAACUGAAGGGAGAUCGAUUCACUACAAGAAGAGGAACAAACAUGAAGUCAGAGACUUAAACAAAUUGAACCAAUUGACAGUUGAACAGAUAGCUACAUAUUCAGUUCACUGUCCAUGUAUUGCAUAUGCAUGAAACAUAGUAUGAAUGACUGUAUUAGAUUUGAACAUUUCUCUUCAACGUAUGUCAUGUUAAUCAGACGUGGAAUAGAAAAGAGGACGAUAGCGUGACUUCAGAUUUCCACAUACUUAUCUUUUAUAUUCCGCGAUUACCACUGAUGAUAUCAAGUAUGAUACUUUGAACAUUCUAUUCUACUGAUAAAAUAUUUUCAUCAUUUGAAUAUUGUCAACAUUUCUUCACAGGAACUAACUGAGUAGUUUAUAUACUUUACAGAUUUUUUCAUUCACCACCGUGCUGAAAUGAAUUGACGUAAAAAUAAUGAUUUGCAUGAUGAAGAAAACUUGAAAGCGACACAGGAGAAUAGAUUUCAGUCGACUUUAGAAUAGAAUGUCUAUAUUAUUUUCCGUUUAUACAUAAUGAAGACUAUGCUAAAGUUUUUAUUGGAAAAUAUUUCAAUAUAUUUUGUACUCCUGUUCAUUUUACACAAAGGUGAAAUGAAACGAACUAGUAAUUCUACAUCAGAUCGUUUAAUUAGAUCUACAUCUGGUUCAGUGAUGAAUUUCAAUGGUCUACCAAUAACACGAUUGUAUGCAAACAUACUAGAAGAAGUAACACCUGGUAGCCUUGUCGUAGACUUAAAUAAACAUCCUAAAGUGAAUACAUUCUUAAUCGAUCAAAAUGGAUUCCCUAUGUCCAACACUGAUGCGUAUCGAUAUAGACUAUUGAAUGCAUUCGAUGGCUACUUAUUUCGUGUGGGAUCAAAAACUGGAAAGGUUACUGUUGCCACCCGACUGGAUCGAGAAGCAUUAUGUGCAAGUCUAAAGACUAAAUUUUGUUGUAAUGCACGAUCAGGUAGUAUACCAGCAUCAGUUUUAGGUGAGUCUGAUUGGAAAGCUAAAUCGACAGAUUUCAAUCCAAGUCAACAAUGCUAUUUAGUAGCACAUAUCAGUGUACAGUCAGAUAACGAGGUAAAUCAGAAUGCAGUAAAUUUUCUCACCUCAUCUCAACAAGAUAAAACAAAUCGGGCAGCUUUAAUCUACCUCUAUGUACAUUUAGAAGAUAUUAACGAUCAUACUCCUCAGUUUCCUGUACAUUCAGUUGAUUUGAAUGUUAUGGAAGAUACACUGAUUGGUAGUAUUCUGCAUUACUUCCGAAUAUCUGAUCCUGAUAUGGGUUCAAACUCAUUGGAUACAAUCGACUUGAAUAUCAGUCCACUACCAAACUUACCAACAGAUCAAAAAACAAAAACUCAACAAACCAAUAUUUUGAUACCUGACUUACUGAGUAAACCAUUUGAAGUGACAAUGAAUAGAGAUGGUGCAAGUUUCAUUCUAAAAAGUCAACUGGAUCGUGAAAUCGUACCAGCAUAUGAUAUUACACUAACAGCUGUAGAUGGAAAUAAACAAAAUCCACGUUCAAGUCAAAUUAAUUUUCGUGUACAUGUGACUGAUGUCAACGAUAAUCCACCAAAAUGGUUGAAACAGAAAUCAUCAACUGAUUUACAAAGUUUAAACUAUGAACAAGAAACGAUUCUAGAAAUGGAUAGUGACUAUCCAAAAUUUUUUGUAUCUGUACCAGAAGAUACACAGGUUGGUGCAUUAAUAUUUUGGCUUCAAGCACGUGAUGCUGAUGUCGGUGAAAAUUCCCGUCUUCAGUAUUUGAUUGAUACAAGUGCUCCCGGAGGAUUAAUUGGUGCUGAUUACUUAUCAGUUCAACCGAAUACGGGUGAAGUACGACUUAGAACACAAUUAGACUAUGAAACUGUUUCAAUGCAGACAACUGGUCCUGAAAUAGAUGUCCCAGUUGUUGUACAUGACAAUCCACGAAAUGGACGUCAGUUGUCUGCCCGAGCUAUGCUUGUCAUCAGAGUUCUAGAUGUAAAUGAUGUACAUCCUAGCAUUGUUGCAACCCCACUGGCACCCAUAAUCUCAAAUGGGAACUUUUAUCCAAAUGCUGUUGGAAAUAAUCAUGUAGCAUCUGCUUUCGGAAUAUGGGAAAAUCAACCACCUGGUCAACCAGUGGCCAGUAUUCAUGUCAGUGAUCCAGAUACUGGUGACGGAGGAGUAGUAGCAUGUACAAUAACUAAUGAGUAUUUUCGUUUAGCACCUGAGUCGUCUUCCACUAGAUCACAUUAUGAAACGUUGUAUGAUAACAGUAACAACUUGGAUACAAUGAAGUCUGAAUACAAUGUCCCAAAAGUGAUUGAAGCGCUAUCUGGAUCCGCCACCUACCAACUUAUAUCUGCCCAACGUUUAGAUAGAGAAGUGAUAGCUAGACACCAAGUCUUACUUACUUGCCGAGAUCAUGAUGCAGUUAGACCAUUAGUAUUCACAUAUCGUUUAGAUAUUGAGGUGAUGGAUGAAAACGACAAUCCACCGAUAAUAUCAUCACCUAAAUUGAUAUUGACAUGCCCAGAAAACGCAUCGCCUGGAAGAGUGAUUGGUCGACUGAAUGUUACGGAUGCUGAUAUCGGUGAAAAUGCACGAUUACGUUUUUGGAUUGAUGAAGCUGAUGUGAACUGGGUGAAUAUACAAUCGAAUACUGGUGAAAUUCGAAUUAAUACUGUAUUCGACAGAGAACUGGAGCCUGAACGUACAUUCUUUGUCUAUGUAUCUGAUUCCGGUGCUAAUGCGCAGACAGCUUCAGCAGAGGUUAAAAUUGAAAUCCUUGACGAAAAUGAUCAUACACCACACUUUACAGAUUUAUAUUUCUUCACCAUACCAGAAAAUAGUCCACCUGAUACAGAAGUUGGCCAGAUUCAUGCCGUUGACGAAGACAGUGGGGAUAAUGGAAAGGUUCAAUACUUCCUACGUCAGCCAAGUAAAGAAUUUGAUCUGGACAAAAAUACAGGCAAAUUAACAGUGCGUAAAAAUAUAAUUGACUCUGGUAAACAUCAUUCGAAUGAAUUAUUUGAAAAAUUCUUAAAUUUAUUAGAUCGUGAACAGAAAGACACUUAUGAGCUAACAGUAUAUGCUGAAGAUUCUGGUAAUCCACCAAGGCGUGCAACUACAGUUAUACAUAUCAGUAUAUCAGAUGUGAAUGAUCAUGCACCAGAGUUUCGUUAUCCUACACCUCAUGGUGUAGGCAGUAUACUGAAUGUAUCAUGUGCACAGUUGGGAAGUCAAAUCAUAGCUCAUGUUCACGCUAAUGACUCGGAUACAGGACGCAAUGGUGAUAUUGAGUACAGUAUCAUACGUCAAGGUAGUAGAACACAAUUUCAAAAAGUAAAACGAAGUGGUGGUAUGUUGUCAGAUAUUCAAGAGAAAUUAGAAACUACACAAUCUCACAACAAAAUUCUGAAGUCAAAUGAAACUUUUCCCUCAGAAACAAAACAAUAUAAACAGGAUGAUAUAAAUAAAACCAUAGAAGUAAAAAACUCCUCGAACACAAAUACAAGACAUGUGAAAUGGGCGCCAUUAUCACAAGUACUUUUAGGUGGACCGACAGAAGAACACUUUGAUAUUGAUAGUUAUAGUGGACAAUUAUUUCUUAUUCAUCCAAUACUUGACUGUAGUCAGUCAGUCGAUGUGAAAUUAUUAAUUCAAGCAACUGAUGCUGGUCAACCACCAAAGUCAUCUACAGCUCUUUUAACACUACAUGUUUAUCCAAUGACUGUAACAAAUGGAUUGGACAUUGAAACUAACAACAACAAUAUCAAUAAUAAUAACCAUAAUAAUUUUAUGAGCAUUGCUGAUACCCGACGUAAUCCAGAUUUCAAUCGACGUGUAAGCAAUAAUCCGAAUACUUGGAUAGAAAAUAAACAUUUACGAUCGGUUUAUCAGCGUACUGGAAUCAGUGCAUCCGCUUCUGGAAUAUCGACAACACAAAGAAAUGUGAAUAAUUAUCAUUGGUCGGCAAUUGUUGGUCUAAUAGUAGCCAUGAUUGUUCUUGUACUCUUAUUGUGUUUGAUGUUGAUUAUUUUAAGAAGACGUUUUAUUAUGGAUGCAAGAAAACUGCCUCCUAAAGCUGAACCGAAAGGGAAUCCAGAUGGAGAUAAAUAUCAAACAGUUGUUGGUAUGAGUCUUCGUUCAAAUGAUUCAACAGUGCAAGAUAUAUAUAACAGAGGAUCACCAGGUACACAACCACUACAUGAAAUGACAAAUAAUUCUCAUUCACAUUCCACAUUCUCUGCAAGGACUUUAUCACAUCCUGGAGAAGAAUUCAAUUGUUCUCCGAUAGGCACGAUGUUGUAUGAAGCACACCAACCAAUACCUGGAAAUCAUAUCUUUCGCACACUGCCAACAUCAUCACCAACAACAACUGUCAAGUUGAACACUGGAGAAAUAACUUUACUUCAUCAUGAACCUAUGCCUUUGCAUAGUCGAAAUACUGAACUUUAUGGAUAUAUCGAUACACAACCAAGGGGAAAAAAUAUUAUCUUACAAGGUAAUGCCUAUCAAACAUUACAACAUAAACAACAUUCAAAUAAUUCACGAAAUAUGUCAUCAUUUAGUAGGCCAGAUUUUUCAGUAAACAAUUGUUUAAUUAAUAAUAAUCAUGAACAACUGAAGAGACUUGUUAUGCAACAUCAACACAAUAAAAGUGGACAAUACACACCUCUGCUUGAUAUGAAUCAUGAGCAUAUCUGGGGACGCUUACAUUUGAUGCAAGCAUCACAGCCGAAUUUAUGCACAAACUUUCAAGGUGAUGAUGACGAUGAUGAUGGUAAUAAUCCUGAUAGAGACAAUACUACUACUACUACUGCGGCUAAUAAUAAUACUAACAAUAAUACUAGUGAAUUCAACUCAUUCGGUCAGAUAAUCCGUCGGAAACAAUCAACGGGACAUCAAGAAAGAGCUGUCAGUCUGACAGACUUAACUCCACAGAAAACAGAAAUGAUACUAUCCGACAUAAAUACCGAUAGUAAAAAUAAAAAUAUUAAUGAGCAUUAUGUAUCAAAAAAUUUCAGCAAUUAUGAAUCAGUUUUAUCGCCAGUAAAUAAAAUACAACAACGCGAAGGAGAACAACACCAUCACCAUCAACAACCAGGCCUACUGAAUAAAAAGAUGAAUAAACUGAAACCGAAAGCUUCAACAGCUCUAAUAUCAACUAAGAAUCCGUGUACAACACACAAAUCCAUUCAAUCUAAGGUUACAACAGAUGUGAUAAAGAAUUCCAGUACUAAUAAUAACAAUAAUAAUUCUUAUUGCACUGUUAGCUUUGUUUGAUCCGGUUAAAUAAUGAUAUUUAUUGAUUGACACUUAUGCAUAUAUUAAUAAAAUAAACAAAUAUGCAAACCGAUUUGAAAACAAAGACAACACAACACAAUAAACCAACCUAUCUAUAAUCAAAGAAACAGUGAACCUUUGUUCCUAUCAUCAAGAAUCUUUUGACAUAUAAACGGUCAACAAUUUGUCUUGUUUCAUCUUCACAAAUCCAUUCAUCUCUGUCUUCUUUUCUGUCAAUACAAAGUGUAUGUGUGUAUACAUAUUGUGAGUAUCCGCGAGCAAUGAGGAUAAACUGACUAGAUAUCAUUGUAAUAGAAUAUCAAGCACUGAGAUUAUUUUUGGAAACAAUCAACUUACACACACAAGUAUGCUUAAGAGAUUAAAAAAAAAACACUUACAGUCUUCAAUCAAUCAUGAUGAAAGACAAAAUCAAAAAGUAUAACAGAAUUUAUGCAUAAACUAAGCCUACAACUACUACUACUCUUACUGCAGCCCAUCUACCCACUCCCAACACUUCCAUAACUCACUUCAUAUACAAUAACUGAUCUAAAAAAAGAGGCCCAUCCAACACCUUUAAAUGCGACAACAGUACAGAAAAUGAGAAUUAAAAUUUUAAUUAACUGAUAGAAUUAUCAAAUUUUAAAGGAGAAUAACAACUAGAACAGAGUGAAAAGAAAGCUAACGUCAUUCAAUUUUGUCUUUCUAUCCAACAGACAAGAGAUUGUAUUCACAACAGCAAUAACAUUCCAAUUGAUUACCUCAUAUAACGGACACAUUAGAAGAAGGAAUUGUCAACACAAAAGAUGAAUGCACAAUAUUUGUUUCACGUGUACACAUACUUCAAAACUAAUGAUAGUCAUCACAUUAAUCUCUCAAUUGUAUAUAUAUAUAUAUAUAAUAUAGAUGUGCAUCACUAAUAUGACAGAUAUACAAACAUGUAAAUAUAUACUGAUGAUCUACAUUCAACCCAGCAGUAUUGGAGGGUUUCACUUAGCCACCCACCCACCCCCUUUCACCCCCAGGACAUGACAUAAACAAAAAUCCAACGGUUUUGCUUCAAAACAAAUUUACUGAUGACCAUCAUUAAUGACUAAUAGUAUUACUGCUUACACGAACAAUAAUAAUAAUAAUAAUAAUAAUAAUAAUAAUAAUAAUAAUA